CCAUCUCAACUUCAUUUUACUAUUGUGUUGAAUGCAAUUACAUCCUUCACAAGCGAUUGGGUUAAGCUACGAAAAAGAUGCAGUUGUGUCGCUUUGCUGCAUUUCAUGUUUUGUAAUCCCCGACAGCCUUACCACUAAAGGACAUAGGCACUGGGUCUUCUUUGAUCACAGAUUUACUUUCAAAUGCAAUAUUUGUGAUGAUGGUCAUCAGAAAAAAGGGGCCUUUGUAUGCAGACUCAAGGAAUGUGAUCAUUUCACCUUGGAUUAUACACGUCUUACGCUGCCAAAUACAGCCUGGUGCAAGAAUGAUGAACAUCCUUUGGUACUCACUUACCGCGAUGAUAUUCAUCCUCAUUUGGAUCAAUGUGUCUGUGAUAUAUGUGAAGAAUCAAGAGAUCCAAAUGAGAGGUUUUAUUAUUGUGGAAUCUGUGAUUAUGCUGCUCAUUUCUUAUGUGUUCUUAGCAAGUACCCAUUCAUGAAGCUCGGAUUGACUUACGAGUAUGAAUUUCAUGAGCACCCUCUCACUCUUGGGAAGAAGGAUUAUUACCAUGAUUAUCUUAAAUGUAGUGUUUGUGACAAGUAUUGUAAAGAGGUAUUCCUCGAAUGUACACAACCAGGAUGCAAGUAUGUUAUUGACUGGGAAUGUAGAUUACGUAUUUGGCGCAGUAAGGGGAUAUAAGAAUGUUAGAAGAACACAUCUGCAGGUAACCAAAAUGUCCAUGAUUCAUGUUCUUCAUUUGUUUUUUAGUUUCUUUUUCUUUUGAGUUGCAUUGUACCACAAAUUGAAAAUGUUGUUUGUUGAAUACGAGUUUGUGAUACAAUAACCAAGCAUUGAUUGC